CAAUCUAGGCUUUAAAAAACGUCUUUAUUGGAUCACGUAAUAGACACGCACGAGUCCAGCAGCAGCUCAGCUGUCAGAGAGCUGGAGCUGUUCAACAAGCCCGGAAUAACGCGGAACACACAUUAAACUCCAUAUUUCAUUUCAUUUAUCACAUCUCCUGUUAUGGAGCAAGUGAAGCAGGAGGCCUUUGAUAACGCCAGGCUGCAGGUGAUCAAAGAUGGGUACGAGAAGGCAUUCGCAUGCAUCAAUAAAGCUCUCACAGAGGAUGAGGCGGGCCACAGUGCAGAGGCGCUAAAACUGUACCGACAAGGGCGGCAGCACCUCCUCAGGGCUCUCAGUGUUCCCUCACAGGGUAUGGAGUGUGUGGGUCCCUCAUGGGAAUCAGUUAGACAGAUGCAGCGCAAGAUGCAGGAGACUCUCAACAACAUCACCACUCGCUUAGCCAUGCUGGAAACCAGCCCAGACCUCAACGAAGUCUCGGAUAGCAGCGCAGCCCCUCAGAAACUCUACCCUGAAGUCCCGAAGGUCAAGCCGGAGAGGCUGACUCCACCACAGACUCCUUCCAACGGCGGGGUUGCAGGGGCUUCGGGUGGGCCAGUUCCGGUCUCUCCCUCAGCGCAGCCCAAUAUGAACAAAUUAUCCUUGCUGUCUAUGGAGGAUCAGACCAUUUCCUACGGCACUGACUCGGGCGAAUUCUCCCUGGUUGGCGAUGAGUUCUACAGCAAUACGUCUAAUUCUGCACCUUCUCCUCCGUGUCUGGGGGAGGAUGGAGAGGAACUCUUUUUCCUUCCUCAAGGGGUGCAGAUCUUCUUCGUUACACCUGAGGGGCAAGUCAGUGCUCCCUCUUAUCCAGGGUACCUGCGCAUCGUAAAGUUCACCAGUGAGCAAUCAGAAAGGAUUCCAAACAGGCCACCUGCCUUCCUACAGGUUUGUGACUGGCUUUACCCAUUGAUGGCCUCUGACUCCCCAGUCCUGCUGUGCAACACGGGAGUCUACAUGUUCCCUGACAUGAUGGCUCCCAGCCCGGGCUCGUAUGUUGGGGUGGUCCUUUCUUCCGAGCUUCCCCAGAAGGAACGCGAACUCUUCCAGAGUGUUCUUUCUCAGCUGACUGACCUGCGUGUCCAGGCAUCAGAUGGCGCAACCGAUACCAUUAACCUGGGUCAGAAGGUGCCGAUGGGGCCUCCUGCAGCUGAAGCAGCACCCCCUGCUGCUGAGGAGGAGAAUGUACUUCCUGAAUGGAGUGAGAAGGUGGCUCAAGGGAUCCUGACUGGGGCUUCAUGGCUGAGCUGGGGGUUGGUGAAGGGGGCUGAGUAUACAGGGAAAGCCAUACAUAAAGGUGCAUCCAAACUACGAGAGCACAUCACACCAGAGGACAAACCAGCCCAAGUCAGCCCCACAGUAACCAAAAGCCUCCAUGUGGCCAAACAGGCCACAGGGGGAGCAGUGAAGGUCAGCCAGUUCCUUGUGGAUGGACUGUGCACAGUCGCUGCACAUGUUGGCCGAGAGUUGGCACCCCAUGUAAAGAAACAUGGAGGGAAGCUUAUCCCAGAGUCUCUGAAGAAAGACAAGGAUGGACGCUCCAAUAUUGAUGGUGCCAUGGUGGUUGCAGCAAGUGGAUUUCAAGGAUUUGCAACAAUGUGGACGGGGUUGGAGGUUGCAGCAAAGAACAUUGCAAAGAGUGUUGCUGCAGAAACGGUUACCACGGUAAAACAUAAAUUUAGGGGUCUGGAGAACAUUUCAGACACCCCAAAUGAAAACAAGUAGAAACAUUUUCCCUGCACCCUGUAAAAAGGCCUUAAUUAACGGUCACGAGCAUGGCUAAAGCUUAUGUACGACUCUGAAUCAGUCAGCACUUGCACGCAAUGCUAAUGAUUUAUAGGACAUAAUGAUUAAAUCACCUCCGUUAGCAUCCUGUGUUGCUGUGCGCAAAUGAUCCACAGCUCAGAAAUUGAAUGAAUAUGUGUUCCUAACAGCCAAAGUAAUUAAUCUCAUUGUCUUUAUUGCUUAAUUUUUCUUAACUUUUGAACCUUUUAAGCCUGACUUUAAUUAUACUGUUGCAUCAACAGAAGCUUUUAUCGGGUUCUAUCGGAUAGCAAACAUAAUUAUCAUCUACGUAAUUUGACCAAGAUGUACAGUAUAUAUGCUACCGUUUAAAAG